AGCAAUUGCGUCGCAACAGUGCGGAGAACAGGUGAUAUUCCUAAUGUCUCAUGACUUUAUCACUGUCACGUAUUUAAUCGUCAUACGGACGAUCAUCGAUAUUUAGCAUUUGGCUGUGACAGUAACAAUUGUGUAAGAAAGCAGGCGAUUUCCUUAAAUUAUUAAAAAAUGAAUAGUUCAAUUAUAAGAUAAAAUUGUGAAAAAGUGCUCCUAAUUUUUUGGAGCGGAUACGAGAUUUACUUGUCAGGUUUGAAAGAUGGCUUUUCCACCUUUAGUGAGUUCUACACCUCCACCUUUGGAUAAUUUUGGUGAUUCGGAUGAAGAUGAAUUUGGAGAUUUUACGGCUGGUGGAAUCGAUGGCUUAUCCAUUACAUCAGAUUCACCACAUAAAAUUAUCACUCCUAUUCAAACACCAAUAAUGUCUGAAAAUGUUUCUCCAAAAGUAAAUGGAGUUAAUUAUUCUCCAUCAUCUAACAUAUGCUCUAAAAAUGAUAGCAUUCUUAAAUGUAAUAUUCCAGAUGAUGUUUUAAUUGUUGAGAAAGCAGAAGAUAUUGUGAGCAACAUAGAAUUACACGAUAAUUCAGAAAAUAGUAGUAUUAAAAAAAAUAAUUUUGAUGAUAAUAGUAUCAUUCAACACGAUAACUUAAAUCUAUGUAGUGAGAAUGAUUUAAAAACUACAGAAAACAAUAAUGAUACUUACGAAAUUUGUACUCAGGUCAUCUUAGAUAAAGUAAAUUUUAUUAAUAAGAGUGUAGUCAGUAGCAAUAAUAGUAGCUUAGCGAAUAGUGUGAAGACUGUGAGCGAGCAUGAAGGUUCAUUAAAUAAUUUGGAAGUCAAUGAUGAUGUAGAACCUUUAAGCCUAGAUUUAGAUGACCCCACAAAUACAUCUGAUGGAUUACAACAUCUAGACAGUGAUUUUUAUAACUAUGAACAAUUUAAAGAUUCUGCAGAUUGGAGUAGUUUUGAUAAUAAUAAAAUAUUGCACAAAGAGUUAUCAGUUUCACAAGCAAAUUGUUUUGAUCUACAGUACGAAAUUGUAAGCAAUUCAUAUAAUGAUACAAUUGUUAAUACAGUCAAUGAUACUCACUUAGAAUGCAAGUCGAUGGAUGAAAGAAUUAAGAAGAAUGAAAGUAAUAAAAGCAUUGAGAAGUGUGAUUCUAUGCAAAAUAGUAAAACAUUAUCCGAUUCUCUUCCCUCUCAAGACAAGGAUGUAAAAAAUGUUGACAUUUUUCCUCAAUCAGACUGUGAUUUAACUAUUGAGGAGGAUCUUAAAGAAAUUGGAGGUACAUUUGAUAAAAAUGAAGCAUUAAGUAACGAUAUUGUAUAUACCUCUUUCAAUUCUGGUUUGGGUAUAGAUAAAACUAUAAGGGACAAAUCAAAUAUAGGUUGUAAAUUUGUAAAUAACGAUAUUGGUACCUUGCCUAAUCUAUCAUGGAGAGAAAAUACAAAUCUCGAAUCAAAUACAUUUGAUACACUGGAUAUAGUAGAAAAUGUUACAAGUGGAAUAGUUAAUAAUAAAAGUAUGAUUGCAAUCAAUGAAAAUACGUUUGCUGUGAAUACAAAUUUAAAUAAUGAAGAAAAUUUCAUAGAGUCUGCUUUAAUAGAUAAUAAUUCGUUCGAUAAAGAAGAUCCUAAUUUUACAGAUUUCAAAUCUACUGAAGAUCUUGAUAGAGUAUCAAUAUCUGAAUGCAGUUUAAAUGUCAUAUCUGAUAAUUUAUCUAAUACAGUACAAAUUGAGGAUAACUUAUCCAAGUUAUCGAGCGAAACAGAUUUUAGACAAAAUCUCUCAUCUUUUGUAAACGUAUCACUGCCAACCAAUAAAACAUUUUCUAAUCAUAUACAGGCAGAAAAUAGCAAUGUAAAAAAUAAUUCAGAUUUGGAAUGUGCCACUUAUAACGAUAGAACCUGCAUAGAACAUUUCGAAAAUGAUACUUUUUGCGAUUAUCAAGAAAUGCAACAAGAAAACGCAAUGCCAACACAUAAAAAGAGUGAUACUUUUCCAGUACUUUGUAACACAGAAAAUGCAGACGAUGAUUUUGGUGAUUUUACGAAUUUUUCAAGCGUGGGAGAUGAAUGGACAUCUAAUGUAGUUAAUCCCAAAGUACCUGAAACUGAUGAUGACUUUGGAGAAUUUAAUAAUUUUGAAUCAUCAAACAGUACAGUAGAAACACAACAAUUUAGUUUGAGAGAAUCUAUGUGUCGGAUAGAAAAUAAGAAUGCUGCAAACAAGAUAGAAGAUAUAGUAACAAAUAUGUUUUGCGUGAUGCCUACGCUUCCUGAAACUGAUUUAAAACCUUUAAUUACGAAAACAGAUAAAAUCUGGCAGUGCUUGAAAAAUGUAGAAGAAACUAAUGCUUUAACUUAUCAAUGGUCUAAUAGUACUAGUAAUAAUGUGCUUUUAAAUGCACUUGGCAUUGAUUCGCGUAAUAUCUUAUUUGGGCCAAGAUGGAAUACAAGUGUUCCAAGGUUUGCAGCUAAUCUUGGUUUUACACCUUUGGAACCGAUAAAGGCUUCUGUUGAUUCUCCCCCGUCUACCACGAAUAAGGUGCAAGGAGUGUCUACUUCAGAUGAAGUACCUGCUGCCCAAUUUGAUUGGAAUAGUUCUGGGCUUGUUAAUCCUUUAGAUGCUAGUGGUGGGUUAUCAGCUCUUCUACCAUUGGAUUUAUUGUGUCCGUUUGACCCUCUACUAACACCCCACUGUUCCACAUAUUCCGAAUCCUAUCAUCAAACAGCUGCUUACACACGGGACUCCAUAUAUUAUUAUUCGUCAGAUCCAACCGUUAUCUCCGAGAACAGCAAUUUACAAUCCAUGAAAAUAUCAAAUAAAAGUACUUUGAAUCCUUUCAAUAGUGGAUUGAACAAUAGCUUAAAAUCUCAGAAACAAAUACAAACGGGCAAAAUGAUCGAACCUCUACCAGGGCCACACAUGAUCGAUUGGAAAUUAAAAGAGGAACAUGAAAUAGGGGGUAAAGGAAAAAAUUUUCCGCAUAAAGUAUUAAAAAAUGCUCCGUCAAUAAACAAUAAAUCGUUCCUAGUAAGCAGUAAUGCUACAAAAAGUCAAGACUUAUAUUAUAGAAAGUCGUCAUUGUCAAGAAGAGAACAUUUGCAAAAUGCAGAACAUGUCACUGUGGACAGGUUUGGUAGACCCAUGUCUGUACACGCAGAGACAAUGAAAGUUCUGAAUCAACUACCAGAUUUAUCCUUUUUAAGUGCUAGAACUUUAUUGUUUAAUCGUGAGCAAAAACAAAUUGUUCAAGACUUAGGUGCCAUGAUAAAUCGGAAAAUGCCUGGCUGAGUAACGUCGGUCUGAAUACGAGUUUGACAAGGUAACAUGAACAGAAUCGAAAAAAUUUGUAAUAGAUACUCUCAACAAUCAGUAUAAUCAAAAAAAUCUUCUGCUACCUUUCAAACCUGUGUUCAGACCAACCUCUGAUCCAUCUUGGCUCUUCCAUGUUGGUAUCAUUGAAGAAGUUAUGUCCUAAAUGAUAUAACUGAUGCUUCGGUAAUUUACUACUUAUUGGCACACAACAAUGCACUUGACAUUCCAAGAUAUGAUUGUUUGUGAUUAUUAUGAAUUGUUGUUAUUAUAGUUAUCCUUAAAAGUAUUUCAAUUUGUUUUACAAUUGUAAUUUAAUAUCUUGUUUCCUUAACGGAUAAUUGUCAAAUAGUUAAGGUAAAUAUGUGUUUACUUUCUUUUUAUGUAGGUCACAUAGUCACUAAAUUUCAGUAUAUGAAAUAGUACAUGAGAUAUUUGUUAAUAUUAUUUCGUUUGACCAUGUUCUAGUCUACACGAAUUGAAAGAAGUUCCACACAUAAUGUAUGUGUAUGUGUGUGUUAAAUUUUGUUAAGAUAUACUCAUUGCAAAUCUUUACCUAAGAUAAUACCUAAGAGUUUGACCUCUUUAAAGUAUUAUCAUAUGAUUCUGUAUUUACGAUAUUGCAUGUUGCUACUUUGCAACAUGUUUGUAUAUUAGAAUAUUUAAAAAGAAAAAGAAACGAGCAAAAGACAGAUAGAUAAUUUUCCAUGCAAAUAUAUUACUUUUACACUCAAA